UAUGCUAUCAAAUUAUUGCAAACAAUGUGGCAAUCGUCAUGAAGAUCAGGAAUGUGCAGUAAACUCAACUGUGAUUGAAUGGAAAUACGAAGGCGAUGUUGUAACACUAUAUGGCUCAUGGAGUCACUUCCAAGUUGGAUAUCCAAUGAUGAAAUCCAAGCAACCUCCUUAGUACUUUCUUUUAUGCCAUUGUAGUUUCUUAUAAGCUGAAAUUAAUCCCCCUUUACCUCCAGGUUACCAUUAAUAUAAGUUCAAUGUUGAUGGAGUUUGGAAACAUGAUCCCAAUGCAGAUGUAAUUUACAAUAAUUUCGGGACUUAUAAUAAUUGGGUAUUAAGAAACCACUAUAAAUAUAGUUAGAAGUCGUACCAAGGAAGUUGAUUCAAGUGGAUAGUUCUGAUGAUCAAGAACCCAACAUGGAUGAAGAUGUUCAGUUUAGAUAAAACUAUAAAGUAAAGAGACUCUUAUCAAUCUUAGUAAGACUUAAUGAAAGUUAAAGUACGUACAUAUUUGGACUGGAAUGAGAUGUUUGUGAUGGGCUCUUGGGAUGAAUGGAAACAACCAAUUAAAUUGAAUAGGAAAUUUUUAGGUUUUGCAAAGAAAUACAUCAAUUAUGCAUAUUUGCAUCUUACUCCUGGUUCAUAUCAAUAUAAGUUUCUAAUUGCAGGAUAAUACGUCUUUGAUGAAACUCUACCUACAGUUGCUAAUAAUUUCUCAUCCAAAAAUAACAUUCUUCAUGUCAAUAGAAAAUAAUUGCAUUAUCAUCCCCAAAACUAUGAUAAUGUCUAUUUUACUCAAUAUCAGAUCUAAAAGAAAUAUGAAAGAAUUCAUGGCUUGACAAUGACAGGUAUAGGAAAUGAGUUCUACAUUUUUGGUGGUCGAGGAACAGGCCAUAAUUUUAAAAAUGAUCUUCAUAUCCUUAAUCCAAGAACAAAGGAACUCAGAGUGGUCGAGGAUACAAAAGGACCAAUUCCUGAUCCAAGAGCAUUCCAUAAGUACAUUAUUCAAAUUUAUCUAGUGCAAUUAAAUAUGGGAAUAAAAUAAUCUAUUAUGGUGGACUUAAUUCAGACAAAGUCUUUAAUGAUUACUAUGUUUACAACACAACUUCCAAAACUUGGAUUUAAAGCAAACCUAAAGGUUAAUUACCAUCUCCAAGAGAAAAAGCCUCUUUGACUUUGCUACCAAAUUACCAAUCAUUAAUUUACUUCGGUGGUUACUAUUGUAGCCAUGAUCUUGAAGUAUAAAAGACCUAUAAUGACAUCUAUUGUUUAGAUCUAACCACAAUGAUGUGGACUCAGUAUUUAUUCUAAUCUAAAUAUAGUUAUGAUCUAGAUGAGUAUGCACUCAAACCUCCCCCAAGAUCUGCCCAUUCUGCUACCCAAAUCAAAGACAAACUCUAUAUUUUUGGAGGCCAAUUGCUUCCUGAAGGACAUUAUACACCUAAUUUUAAUGAUUUGUGGAUUUUGGAUUUUUCCAAAGAAGCUAGUUGGGCUAAUUUGACUCCUGUUAUGAAAGGUGAACCACCUUCACCAAGGCAUGGACAUUUAGGAAGUGCUUUGGCUGGCCAUUUAUUUAUCUAUGGUGGAAGAGGUGAACAUUCAAAUGACAUUCUCGGGGAUCUCUAUCAUUUCAAUCCAGAAACCUUGGUUUGGUAAUAGUUUUCAAUUAUAAUAUUAGGACUAAACCUAAAAUACAUGGCACUAUUCCCAUUCCAAGAUGUUAUUGUGCUGCCGAUACCAUGGGAAGUGGUAAUGAAUUAUGGAUUAUAGGAGGACAUAAGGGAAACAUGAUUUUCAAUCAAUAGUAAUAAUUUAAUUUUUAAUAAUUAUAGAAGUCAAACUCAUGUUUAUGUCAUGUCAUUUGAAGAAAAGGAUGAUGAUGACAUCUUUGGAUCUCCUAAAGUUGUAAGUAGAAAACCUGAAUUUGUAAUGGAUAUCGUUAAAGCAAUAACUAAAUGAAC